AUGUUGCUUCUUGCCAUCUUGUCCAUUCUCCACGGCGUCUCUGCCUUGCCUGCGGCUCAAAACGCCGCUUCUUGUUCGUAUGACGGUCUUUACACGUCCCUCUCGAAGGAUGGGGGCGACUUUUGCUCGAGCAUGGUCAAGACUCCGUGCGAGGUGUCGGUCACGCCUACGCAGUUUACGGCGUAUCCCUCUGAAAAGCUGUCUUCAUACGGGGGGAGGGCCUUGGCUGAUGAUGAGUGUGCCAUGCCCCCUACAGCCACCGGCCAAACGACAGGCGGCGGCGGCGGCGGCAGUGAUGGAAGUACUCUGACGGAUGGAAGCUCUGGCAGUUCUUCGCAGACGGGUGAUUCGGGCUCGAGUGGCCGUGUUUCCGUUGAGCCUUCGAGUAUCUUGCAAGCCACUUCCUCUGGUUCUAUGAUGAGCAGCGGCUCGGGGAGUGCUUCGGGCACGGCGUCGGGGAUCGUUGGAUCUGAUACUGGGUCGAUGACGGGCAAGGUGACGCGGACUUCGUCCGGGGCUGGGGGGAAUGGCUCUGGUAAUGGUGGCAGCUCGGCUGCGUCAGCUUCGGGCUCGGCAUCAGUCUCAGCAUCCGGCAGUGCUUCCUCUGGAAACGGAGGAAACGGCGGAGCAGGGGCAUCAGGUACACAAGGUGCCCAGGGCUCUUCUUCCACCGCCUCAGGAAGUGGUGGCUCGGGAAAUGGUGGCCAGGAGAACUCGGCCACUUCAGCCGGCAGCAUCACCUACACAGGAGCAACACCAACGAUAACCUCUGGCGGAGCAUCCGCAGGCCCCGGCUGGAACAGUUCGGCAGGGUCAUCAUCUCAAGGGGCCGCCGGUACCGGCACCAUGGGCUCUCUGUCCUCGACAGCCACGGGCAGCUCCGGCAACUCAGGGGCAGGAACAGGUUCCGGCAACGCCACGGCAACAGCAACGACUCUCACGUCUGCCCCCUUCAUCACGCCCAGCGGCUUCAACAGCAGCACCAUCAGCCGCAUCGUCAACGCAACCCAGACCGGCCCCCCUCCCCUGCCCGCUGCCAACUUUACGCAGGUCACUCGCACCGGUGCCAUUGUCAAGCCGACAUGCUACCAGAUGCCGCAGCCGGCAGAAGGCUCGACGCGAAGAGCGCUGCUUCACAACACGAAUCUCCGGGAGCAAAACGCAACGAUUCCGUUCCCGUACAUUGAGUCCAUCGACUUCCAGACAGAUGGCGUUGACCCCUUGUAUCUCACCCUGCGCGAUGCAGCCGAGGGAACGCACUACAUCGACAUUUCCAACAGAAGCUACAUUGCCAUUGUGGACUCCCUUUACAAUGCCAUGAUCAUCGAUGCUCAUGGCAUUCACUUCUCGACCAAGAACUGCCAGUACGAUGUGUCCAUCACCAUCGACUCCAUGUACCAGCAGCUGGCUGCGCUUUCUGGCCAGGUCUGUUCCACAGGCGACCAGAAGAUGAUGAAACGCAUGAGCGACGUCGACUUCAACCAGACCCUGUAUCUGCGGGAUCAGUGCGGUAACCCGGUUAAGCAGACGGUGAGGAAGUAUCCAGAGCUCAAGAUCGGGGACACAGACUGCAACGACAUCGACGUCGACGAGGAGACGGGCCGCUGGCUGUUUGCCUGCACAUUCCCUGGCUCGGAUUCAGGAACCUCAAAGUGCGAAUGGGCCGUGAAGAACGAUAUUGAGGAAUUUCUCUUCACGGACCCCUUUGGCGGCGCCUGUCCGGACCUGUCUACCGUCAUCACGACCCUCGAGGCCAACGGGCAGGACUUCAUCAACCCCGAGUCUCUCCGCACGGAGCUGUACAACCAGGGGCUGGACGACGCGCAAAAGGCAGAGGCCAACCUCGUCGUCAUCUACUACGAGCAGCUGUGGGAGAUCCUCAAGCAGGCCUUCUCCAAGCUGCGCACCCAGAGCCCGGACAAGGUCAGCGCCAUCCAGGAGUACAUUGACGUGUACAACCAGUACCGCAACUUCGAGGACGACAUCUGCGAGGACCUGCACGCCGGCGACAUGCCCCUCAGGAUGAGCCUCCGCGCGGGCGUCACCUACAUCGACGCCAUCGCCCGCCUCAACUGGGCGCCCGAGAGCCCCAAGCCCUUCAACGUCACCGUCCAGGACCCGGGCAAGCUCGCGUGCUGCAGCCCCGGGAGCAACGCCAGCAGGGACGAGGCCGCGGGGACGUGCGCGUACCCCCUGAGCGCGCAUCUCGGCGGCACGGGCUGCGUCUGCGGCAACAUGGCCUCGGGGGCGUCGGUGGCCUUUGAGAUUACCGAGUGCGAGAACUUUGUGAGCGAGUGCAAGGUCGAUGAUGAUUGUUCCAAGGCUGGGCAUCCGACGUUUGUGUGCUUGACGGGGAGUUGCUGCGGCACGGGCGUGUGCGUUGAUCCGUAUGAGUGUGCGCAGAACGGCAGUGCGCUGGUGAGGCCAGGCCUCUUCUGA